GCCCGCCCGGCUCAGCCUCCGCGGGCCAUGAGGCGGAGCGCGCCUCCCGGCCAGCCGAGUCCGUGAGCUCCGGCGCCGGGCAGCAACUUUCCCGCAAGAUGUGAGCCGGGCGCGCGGGGCGUCCUCCCUCCUCGCGUCGCUGCAGCAGCAGCAGCAGCAGCCCCCGGCUGGCUGGCCGGCCGCCCGUCAUGGCCCCCCAGUGACGGACCGACCCGGCCGGCCAGGGACCGAGGCAGCAGCGGCGGGAUGUUCGGGCUGGAGCAGUUCGAGCCGCAGGGCAGCGGGCGGAGCGGCGAGCGCGGCGGCGGCUUCGGGCCGGGCAUGGGCUCGCACUUCAAGCCGCCCCCCUUCCACGGCGGGACCCCCGGAGGCGAGGCGGGGACCCUGGGCGCCCUGAGCGAGCCCGCCUCGGCCAUGCUGGCCAUGAACUUGAACUUGCCCGGGGAGGCGUACGGCUUCCACGCCUCCCGUGGGGGCCACGCGGACCUGCAGCAGGCCCAGCCGGUGCACGGCUUCUUCGGCGGCCAGCAGCCUUCGCACGGCGCCCACCAGCAGCCGCCGCCGCCGUCGCACUUCGGAAGUGGCGGCUUCGGGGCCGAGCCCAGCGCCUCCUGCCUUCACGGCGGCCGGCUCCUCAGCUACCCAGGCGGCCAGCAAAGCUUCGCUGCCGACGGCUACGAGCAGCAUCUGGCGGAGGGCCAGGCAGGCGCGGACGGCUUCGGGCAGCAGAGGGCAGGGCCCCUCCAGGACUUCCAGCCGCCGCAGCAGCACCACAAUCCCGGCGUGCCGGCGCCCUGCCUGCCGCUGGAUCAGUCGCCCAACCGCGCGGCCUCCUUCCACGGCCUGCCAGGAGCCGCCACCUCGGAGUCGCACGGCCUCGACUCGCAGAGGCGCCUCCCCAGCCAAGCAGCGGCCGCCGUGGAGUCCCUGGAGUACAGUUACCCGAGCGGCGAGAGUCAUUUCGACCUGCCCGUCUUCUCGCCGUCGGAGGCCGACGGGCAGCUGCCCCACUACGGGGCCAGUAGGCAGCAAGUGCCGCCAGGCGGGGGGAACUUCCCCGGGCCCUCCUCGGCCUUGACCCGAGGGCCCGGCGGCCUCGGCAAGGUGCACCCCCAGCAGCAGCAGCAGCAGCAGCACGGCGGCGGCGUGUUUUUCGAGAGAUUUGGGGGCGCUCGCAAGAUGUCGGUGGGCCUGGAGCCGAGCCUGGGCGCAGGCAGGCACCCUUUAAUGCAGCAGCCCCCGCCGCCGGGGGCCCUGCUGGCCAGACAGAACUCGUGCCCGCCGGCGCUGCCCCGGCAGCAGCUGUGCCCCGAGGGCAACGCGGCCAACCCCGGCCUUCAGGACGGCGGCCCCCUCCUGCAAGGCCAGCACGCGCAGUUCGAGUACCCCAUCCACCGGCUGGAGAACAGGAGCCUGCAGCAUCCGUACGGGCCGGGCGAGCCGGUCUUCAGCGUUCACCACCACCCGCCGGCUCAGCAGCCUCCCAGCCAGCGGCUGCAACACUUCGACGCCCCCCCCUACAUGAACGUGGCCAAGCGGCCCCGCUUCGACUCCUGGAGCGGCGGCGGCAGCGGCGCGGGCAUGCACAGCGCCAGCCUGGACAGCCACCUCUCGCCCUCGGCCGCCUACCCGGGUCUGCCGGGAGACUUCACGCCGCCGGGGCCCGAGAGCUUCCAGCCGCCGGGCGCCGACCACCAGGCGGCUCUCCAGCAGCAGCAGCAGCAGCGCCAGAACGCCGCCCUGAUGAUCAAGCAGAUGGCGGCCUCUCGCAGCCAGCAGCAGCAGCAGCAGCGCCUCCGCCAGCCCAGCCUGCAGCAGCUGAGCCACCACCACGCGGGCCACCACCACCACCACGCGGGCCACCACCACGGCGAGCCCGCCUUCGAGGCGCAGGAGGGCGCCUGGUUCCCGGCGCCGCAUCCUCCCUCGGCUGCGCCGGGCGCAGGGGACUUGCUCUUCCGGCCAGGCGCGGGCGGCAUGCCGGGCUUGCAGGAGCCGCCGCCGCCGCCGCUGCGGAUUCCGUCGGGGGGCGAAGGACACGUGCCCUCGCCGGGCAGCCUGCACGGUCAGUUUGGCCUGAGCCCGCCCUCGGAGCGCAGCAGGCCGGGCCCGCCGGACUUCGCGACCCAGCAGGGCUUCCCCUUCGGCGCCGCCAGCCGCCAGGCCACCCCGCACAGCGCCUCGCCCGCCUCCUACGGGCCCCCGACGGACUUCCAGCCCUCUGGGCCGCCGCCGCCGCCCCGGCCGCCGCAGUCCAGCAGCAAGCUGGGCGCGUUGUCUCUCGGCUCCUUCUCGAAAGGGAGCGUGGCGGGCGGGGUGGCGGGGCCUCCCGGCAGCGGCGGCGGCGGGGCGCCGGGCCCCAAGGAGAGCAGCGGCCUCUUCGGGCAGAGCUGCCUGGCGGCCCUCUCGACAGCGUGCCAGAACAUGAUCGCCAGCCUGGGCGCGCCCAACCUCAACGUCACCUUCGGCAAGAAGGGCGCUCCGGCCGCGGGGAGCGGAGGCGUCGGGGCGGGGAGCGAAGGCCCCAAGCGGAGCAAGCUCGGCCCGGCCGAGCCUCCCGAGCCGGGCAGCGGCGGACCUCAGCCGCCCGCGCCGGCCCCGCCGGCCCCGGGCGAGAGCGGCCUGUCCCCCAAUUACUCGCCCGGCCCGGGCCCCGACGCCAAGGCAGGAGGCGGGCGCGGUCGGGGGCGCAGGAAACGGGACAGCGGGCACGUCAGCCCGGCCGCCGGAGGGGGCGGCGGCAGCAGCUUCUUUGACAAGUACGGCCCCACGGCCGGGGUGGAAGGCGGGAGUCCCGGGCAGGGGGCAGAAAGAGGGGGCGGCACUCCGCAUCUCCACGAGCCCCACAAGGCGCUGAGCUCGCCCCCGUCGGCUUGGGCCAAGGGAGGCGGCGGCGGCGACCUCCUCCUGCCUCCUCCGCCGCCGCCUCUUUCCGAGCAGCCCGAGCUGCUGCCCUCCCUGGAGAAGGCGGACUCCUGCUCGCCCCGCGGCGCAGGCGACUUCCCCGACGAGGCCGGCAACGAGGACCAGGUGUCUUCGAGUUCCGACAACCAGCUGGCCAAGGGCUGCCCGGCGGGGCGCAGCCCGGUGCAGCCCCGUCCGGGGGACCACGCACUACUGAACGGACAGAAGGCCUCCCUGGCCCAGCUCAGCCUCCACGCCGGCAGCAACUCUACCUCCAGCCCCGACAGCUACGGCGGCGGCCCCCCCGCCGGCGCCCCGGUGCAGGACGAGAUCCACCCUCUGGAGAUCCUGCAGGCGCAGAUCCAGCUGCAGCGGCAGCAGUUCAGCAUCUCCGAGGACCAGCCGCUGGGCCUCAAGAGCGCCAAGAAGCCCCCCGACGGCCCUGCCGGAGCCGCGGGCGGCGGCAGCCAGAGCGGCGACAGCGCCGAGCUGAGCAGCUGCUGCGCCGCCGCCAGCGCCGCCGUCGAGAGCGGCAAGGGCGCCAUGAGCACCAUCGACCUGGACUCGCUGAUGGCCGAGCACUCGGCCGCCUGGUACCUGCCCAGCGACAAGGCCCUCCUGGAGGGGCAGGACGACGACGACAAGGCCCUGGCGCCCUGGGAGAAGGCCAAGCCGCCCAACCCCAGCAAAGAAGCCCACGACCUCCCCUCAAGCAAGUCCUCGGCCGCGGCACAGAGUGGCAGCCAUUUGCAGUGCCUUUCUGUCCACUGCACGGACGACAUGAGCGAAGCGAAGGGCCGGACUGCGGUGCCAACGUGGAGAUCCCUGCACUCGGACAUCUCUAACAGAUUUGGGACUUUUGUGGCUGCCCUGACUUGAAGAAGAAGUGGGGGGGGGAGGAUCUUUUCUUCUUUUCUUUUCUUUCUUUUUUUGUUUAAAGGGCCACUCCUGCGAGUCGGACUCUUUUUCUAGGUUGGUACCUGCUUAGCGGCAUAGAGACUGGAAAGGGUUAAUUUAAAAUAAAGCUCACCUUGAUUUUUAAAAAAA